UAUCGCCUUUCCCUUACCAUCGCUUUUCCCUUCCCGAAGUGAAAAGAUAUCCCCAACCCCAGCCCCUCCCUCCAGAAGGAACUUACCCCAACGCCCUCUGGCUGUGUCCCGACCCCUGCAGCCAGCCGCCCUUCAGAGGACAACAGAAGAGCUUCCCAGCGGGCGAGGAAAAGAGAGAAAGUAGCCAGCAUGUCGAACGCAAUGUAUAAUAAGAUGUGGCAUCAGACCCAAGAAGCCCUCAAUUCUUUGCUUGAUAAAGAAUCUGAGAAGAUGAUGAAACCACAAAGAAAUCAAGUUUUCAUCUUCCAGACGUUGGCCACCUUCUACAUAAAAUAUGUGCAGAUCUUUAGAAACCUGGAGAACGUCUAUGACCAGAUAGUCCAUCCACAGAAACGCAUACUGAUCCGAAAACUCCUGGAUGGGGUGAUGGGUCGCAUCCUGGAGCUGAAGAAUGAGAUGGUUGAAUUGGAAUUAACCGAGUUUCAUUACUUUGAUGAUAUCUUACAGGAUCUAAAGUUGGUUCCUCAACAGUUAGAUAUCCCCAUACCGAAGUAUUUUCUGAAGGAGAGGUUGGAAGUAAUAAAAGAAAGAGAGAAAAUCCUUGCUCAACUAUUAGCCGACAGUGGAUUAGGCAUAACUGAAAAGAAAUAUCCUGUAAAGCCUAUCCCCCUAGAAGAGGCUGUUAAACUAAUCCAGGUCGCCGAGAGAGCACGGCAAGGGCGCCUAAGAGCCAUGUUCAUGAAGCAAAUCUAUCUUCAAGAAUACAGAGCAAAGCAAGCCAGGUUACUGGACGAGAGAGUAGCAGACGUGGGGACUGCUGCACUGUGUAUCCAGAAGGUUUGGCGAGGUUUCCAUCAGUGCAAGAGAACUGAAAGAGAGAGAGAAGAGGAGAUGAUAUUCCUGGGUAUGAACCCACCUCCUUUGUUUAAUGAAGUCAGUGCUGCAUUAAUCCAGGCUGACAGGGUGACCCACCUGCGAGAUGAGGUGCAGGUAAAGCACGAGGAGGAAUACAGAGAUGCCUUGGUUACAAUCAAGGAUGACUUGAAACUAAUAGAAGGUCCCAACAUCAAGGAGAACCUCCAAGAUGAGAUCCGGCGUUGGUUCAUCGAAUGCAGGGGCUUAACGGGCACAUUUCCCGACUACCCUAAAGUAGAAGAAGGAGGUUCCGCUAUUAUUUUUUCCAACAAGACACGACAACAGGUUAUUGAGGAUAUUAUUGCAAGCCAAGAAGAGGAGGAAAAAGACAAAAAGAAGAAAAAGGAAGAGAAACCCAAAAAAGGCAAAAAAGGAAAGGAGAAGAAAGAAAGAAAGGAAAAAAAUAAGGACGAAGGUGACGGCUGGCAAAUGUCACCGAGUGUUUUCCUUCAUAUGAUGCAAGAAGGAAAUAACGUAUACAAAGACCUGUGGAAGAAUAAAGAUGAAUCGUGGAAUGUCCCCCAGGGCUAUGAUCCCGAACUGAUCAAAGAGGACAAACGGAAAGAAUUGGAGUCGGAGAUCAGGCUGCAGGUUGACGAGCUGAUGAGACAGGAACUAAAAAACUUAAAACUAGCUGUGAACAGGGAGAAGGAAUUAUCGGGCAAAACAGGAAGUAAAAAG